UAUAUAGUUGAAAUUAAAUACAAAGAAGUUAUAUUUUUAAAUAUGGGAGGAACACGUUGCGUUUUCCGAGACUGUCAAGUGUCCACACAGCGCAAUCCAAAAAUGCAUUUUUUUAAACUGCCAGUUCGUGAUCCUGCUCGUCUGGAAGCCUGGCUGAAGAAUUGCGGCAACGCUGAUAUUUUAAAUGUUGCACGAGAGAAGCUAUCAAAUCGCGCGGUUUGCGCGCGUCACUUUCGGCAUGAAUGCUUCAUGAAUUAUAAGUUGGAUAGGCUUGUUCCAAAUCAGAUUCCCACGUUGGCACGCAUUAGCAAGGAGCUUGCCUGGGAUCUUGGUCAUCUGGACGAGAACGGCGAGGCUACGAUGGUCAAGUUGACCAAUCCCACAUUGACCCACCUAAUUCCUCCAGCGGAUUUCGAGUGUCCCCUUGGUUUCACAGAGGACGCACGAUUUGGUCGUAAAUAUGCAGCAAGAAGUCGUACUCCGCCUCGACCCUUAGAAUUGGAUGAAAUCAAAAGACAAAAAAUUGUGCACGCUCAUGACGAGGAACCGAUGAAGAGAAUAGAACUUGUGGAAGUCAUCGAGGAUGAAAAGUCAGCUGAGGAAGAGUUGGUAAAAGCAACUAAAACAAUAAUUGAUCGAAUGGAACAAGAUGCGCCUGUUAUACCUGAAACAAGUGGACCUACAUUGUCAGAUCAGAUUCUAGAAGAACUACAGCUAAAGUAUGAUCAAUUAAAAGCAAACUUUGAUCAGCUCUCUGCGGAAAAUGUAGCUUUAAAGGAGACAGCUGUGAAGCUAGAGGCUCAACAACAGGCGUGCGAAGUCAAUCCCUCAUCCAGCUCAGCCCCCGCACCACAAUUGACCAAGACUCAACUAUAUAAGGGAAUCAAAAAGUAUCUGGGUCCAAGCAUGGCGGCCUUAGUUCGCAUGGAAAUGUUUGGUGGCGGGGAACGCGAAUGGAAGGAAGAUGAACGUGACUUUGCCAUGGAGCUGCUACAGCUUGGAGAAGGUGUCUACAACCAUUCCUUGGAUGAGUGGCGCUUUCGGCUGCCCUCUCUGCGAUUGACACGCAGUUGGUUGCAAAACACAAGGUCUGCUGACAACGAGGAUGAAAAUCUAUAAGUCUGGGUGGACUAAAAUAUAGUAUCUUUAAGUAUAAGAUAAUACCUAUUCUGAAUUUAGGGGAAUCUUUAGUUCAGAAGGAGACUUAUCUGUUUGUAUGUACAUACUAAAAUAAUAAACUCGCAUCUAUUUUGACAUUUUUGGCAUCAAUGCCAAAAUUUAUGAAUGACACAAUAAGAAGAAUCUCUAUUUAUUUAACUAUUCCCAUCUUUAUGAUUAUAAUCCAUUCAUAAUGAUAAAUGCCGCAUUAUUAAAAUGCGUUGGAAGGAACAAAUUCGUCAUUAUUCUUUCAGCAUCUUAUCUGAGCAGACAUACCAAAGAAAAAUAAAAUAAUACAAAAUUUAACAUGAAUCCGACUAUAAGACUUGUAAUAAUACUUGCUGUCCUUGGAUCUGCGAACUGUGAUGACAAUAAUUGCAAUGAUUGUUCACUAACUGACGAAGUCUACGCCUGCUUGGAUGAGGUCACAUAUGGAGUCUGUUAUAAUACGGGCUCUGUUGUUCCUGGAUCUAUAAAGCCAUGUCCCGACGGUUAUUAUUGCAAUACGGAAGGAGGAGACUUUUGUACACCAACGGACACGACAUCUCCAUCCUGUGUGCCUGUUACAACAACGACUCAAGACUCGACAAUUACAGAAUCCUCUACACCAAUAAUACCCACAAAGGCACCAGAAAAAAAUCCAGAUAAAUAUUGUACGGAUCUAAAUAAAACAGGAUAUUUUCGAGUAGAGAGUGAUCCUACCUGUAAAGAUUAUGUGUACUGUUACUUGCUAUCGGGAGAGUUUAUGGGUUGGCUCUAUCAUUGUAAUACCGACGAAUUUUACAAUUCAAAGUCGACUCUUUGCGAACCUAGCAGACCAGAUGAUUGCUGAACAAUAAAUUGUACUAAUGGAACUAUGUA